AAGAAGGAGCACCGACGAGACAGUAUUCGAAUCUUUUCGCACCCGUCCAAAUCCGGGAUCUGCGGACCCGGCGGGCGAUUUCAGAAACUAGACUAUUGAACAAAACGGCCUUAAUUUCAAACUGAAAAAGAAGAAGACGACGACGAAGAAGUGCAAGAGGAAAGCGACCCGCGUGAUCUUCCAUGCUUCGAUGACGGCUUUGCCCCGCGAAGAAAAAGAAAAGGCACUGGAAAAAGAGGAAAAGGAACGCUAAAUCACCUUCUUCACUGGUAGGCUUUUUGAAAAUAUUCAACAUUUGUUGUCUUUUCCAAUGGAUGGUGAUACAACAAAGCAAUCCCUGUUGUCAGGGUUGUUAGAUCCUUCACCUCAAACUAGCAAACAACAUGCUCCCAAGAGAGGAAGAUUUCGUCGCUGUAGAAGUGCUCCUCUUGCAGACUUUGUUCCUAGAGAAGUAAAUGGCAGCAGCUCAAUUCCACGCUCUCAAUCCUUUUUGGAUAAGGUCCAUCCUAGUUUUCGGAAAGUAUUAACAUUCUUGGCUGUCUACCUGGGUAUAGGCACAGUCUGCUUCUACCUUGUUAGGAACCAGAUUACAGGAAAGAAAACAGAUGGAGUUCUCGAUGCUGUUUAUUUCUGUAUCGUGACCAUGACAACUGUUGGUUAUGGUGACCUCGUGCCCAGUACCGCACCCACGAAACUUCUUGCAUGUGCUUUUGUAUUCACAGGUAUGGCUUUAGUUGGACUGGUUCUUAGUAAGGGAGCAGACUAUUUGGUAGAGAAGCAGGAAAUAUUGCUUGUUAAAGGAUUGCAUAGGCGUCAAAAAGUCGGCCCGGCAGAAAUUCUCAAGGAGGUUGAAACUAACAGAGCAAGAUACAAAUGUUAUAUGGUCUUUGCUCUUUUGUUCGCGCUCAUACUUGUUGGGACAAUUUUCCUUGUCACAGUUGAGAAACUCAAUCUUGUUGAUGCUUUCUAUUGUGUCUGUUCUACCAUCACAACUCUGGGUUAUGGAGAUAAGAGUUUCUCAUCAAAGAGCGGGCGUGUUUUUGCAAUAUUGUGGAUACUAGCAAGCACCAUAUGCCUAGCUCAAUUCUUCCUUUAUGUUGCUGAGCUUAACACCGAAAACCGACAAAGGGCUUUCGUCGACAGGGUUCUUACUAGGAAGGUCACAAACAUGGAUUUGGAAGCAGCUGAUCUUGAUAAUGAUGGAUCUGUUGGGGCUGCUGAAUUUGUCAUAUAUAAGCUAAAAGAGAUGGGAAAGAUUAGCCAAGAAGAUAUCGCAUUGGUGAUGGAAGAGUUUGAACAACUUGAUGUUGAUCAGUCUGGGACACUCAGUGUUUCCGAUAUAACGAUAGCUCAAUCAUCUCCACCUGGGAACUGAGGAAGACAUCAUCUUGUAAUCAAUCUACUUGUACUCUUGCUAAGAAAUGUGAAUUUACCCGAAUUUAACACCUUAAAGUUUGAAUAUCGUCCCGAAUAGAGAUGGUUGGAAGUCUAAAAAUUAUGUGACCAACUUAAAUUGGUGGGUGGGAUUAAGACCUGUAGUUGUAGUCACACCUUAAAGUUUGUACAUCAGUUCAACACUAAGAUAAAGAUACACAGAUUUUGAGAGGUUCCAUUUUUAAUGCGUUCCUAGGGGAAAACAA